UUAAUUCUCUUGACCUUUGAAAUCACGGUGUCAUGGAUCUGCAUGAACCUCCUGUUAGUUGUUGUUCGAACACUAACUAGGCGUCAUUCAAGCAUCCUGAAGCACCUGCCUGGACCGAAGUCCUCAAAUUGGUUAUGGGACCAUGUCUUUGACGUGCUUGACGAACCGUUGGCAUAUAAGGUAACGGACUGGAUCAACGAGAGACCUUAUCCGGAGGGCUUAAUGCACCUCUUUGGCCUCUUCGGAUCGGAGUACCUUAUUCCAACGAGCCCUGAGGCCCUGACGGAAGUGCUAUCCCACCGGCAAUAUGAUUAUGAGAAGCCUAGCGGUUUCAAACGAUUUACAAAGCGUUUCUGGGGGCAUGGUAUAGUUUCGCAAGAGCAAGAAGAACACAAGGCCAACCGGAAGACCUACCUCCCUGUAUUCAAUCAAAGUAACGUUAAAAGGCUAAGGCCCAUGUUGACGAAGAAGUCCAGACAGUUUGCAGAUCAUAUUUCGGAUCUCUGCACCGCUAAUGACUUUCGGAACAACUGCAAUCCGAAUUCAACGACUGUGCAUAUCGCAAAAGUUGUUGAUAUGGUCUCAAUGGAUGUCACAGGGCUAAUUGCGCUUGGUGUUGACUUUGAGACGAUACUUGGGAAGAACCAUGAGAUCUUCCACGCGCAUGAGGUGCUCUUCGAGAGUAACAAGGAGAAGAGAUCGCUUUUUACACUUUAUAACAUUGCUCCGCAGUGGAUUCUGAAUUUGAUUCCAUCGGCGACAGCAAAGGAAAUGGACCAAGCGCAUGAUAUCAUGACUGACGUGUGUCGUCGCACAAUCCGGCAAAGAUUAGAUCAGUUGGAGAAAGGGGAAGAAAAAGAUCUCGACUUUCUGACUAAUCUUGUCAAAUCCGAAUCUUUUGACGAAGAGAAAGCAAUUGCACAAAUUGUUGUCAUUAUAGGUGCUGGAUUCGAAAGUACUGGAGGCACCCUUGCGUGGGUGAUAUACUGUCUAGCUACCUAUCAGGAGUCCCAACAGAGGCUACGAGAAGAGUUAAUACACGCGAAAGAUGGCAAAGGUUCCCUAGAAGAAGAAGACUAUGAUCGACUACCAAUGCUCAACGCCAUAGUCAUGGAAGCCACCCGACUUUACCCUACCUUUACACUUCUUCUUCGCAAGGCCAUCCGCGAUACCACCAUAUGCGAUCAGGUAGUGCCUAAAGGGACUUUCGUGGGAAUGUGCACCCGAGCUAUCAACUGUGCUCAGCAUCUCUGGGGUGCAGAUGCCGAAAAGUUCAAACCUGAUCGGUGGAUUGACCAAUCAGACUCGGAAAGCCCUAAGAUAGAAGCAUUAGGCGGUGCUCCGGCGUCGGUUUGCAUGCUCUCGUUUUUUCAUGGGAUAAGAAGCUGUGUGGGACGGGCAUUGGCCCUCGCACAGAUGAAACGACAGGUUGCCUUGCUUGUGGAAAGAUUCCAUAUUGAGCGGACGGAGAAUUCUGACCCUCGUCCAGUAGGGCUUUUUGCUACGGGCCCGCCGCCUACUUUAAAGUUGCGAUUUACUGAACUUGGUGCGUAA